AGAAUCAGAUCAGAUGUUGAAUUGUUUACUUCUAAAUCUCAGUUGAUUGUGUGUGAUCAAGAAAAUGCCGAAGUAUUAUUGUGAUUAUUGUGACACUUAUCUUACACAUGACUCGCCAUCAGUAAGGAAAACACAUUGUAGUGGACGUAAACACAAGGAAAAUGUUAAUUUCUAUUAUCAGAAAUGGAUGGAGGAAAGAGCCCAAAGCUUAAUCGAUGCCACAACCGCAGCCUUCACUGCUCAAAAAAUAGCACCAAAGCAGCCAACUUCAGGCUUGCCAGCCCCUCCAGUGGCCCCAACGGUGGCCUCAUCUACUGCGGCCGCUUUCAACCCAUUGGUACCUCCGCCAUCUUUAAUGGUUCCACCGCCCAUGGGCAUGCUCCCCCAACUGAUUCCAUCUUCAUUGGCCCGUCAACAAAUGCGUUAAUGUGUUCAAGUCUGAUCAAGAAAUUACAACUAGGGUAUUUAUCUAGUGAAUGAUCAUUCAAAUGGACCAGAUCACAAUUAAAAUUUCUUUAAUCAAUGCUAAA